AUGUCAACUAAGGAGCAAAAAACAAAUGCAAUUCGCAACGAAAUUGCCCACAUUUGCCUUGAACUCACACAGAAGGAAGGAUAUAAUGUUAAAGAGAAUAUCAACACUUUAAUGACAUAUUGCAAGAAUUAUGAACUCAAAACAGUCCAAAAGAUUGCAAUUCUCUCUUUAGCCAAAGUAUUUGUCGACAUUUUACCACCAUACAUCGUUGAAAAACACAAUGAAAAAGAUAAUCCAUCACAAGAAGUCAAAAAACGUCGUUUAUACGAAGCAACACUUCUCGAAACAGCACGCCAAUUCAUUCAAAUCUGUGAAAAGCUUGCUUUCAGCAAGAAAUCAUCAAACAACACAAGAAAACUUGCUGCAAAAGCUCUUGCUGAGAUUUAUGUCAAUAAACCAGGCUUCAACACAGGCAGACAACUUGUUACAACAAUGGUUAAGCUUGCUUGCUCAAACCAUGAAGAAGUUCGCCAAGUUAUUUGCGAAAAUCUUACUCAUUUCUUCGAGAACGAUCCAAAUGGACACAACACUCUUGCUAUUGUCACAAAGAUCGCUGCUACUCCAUCACCAGAAAUCUCAAUUGAGCUUCUCCAAACUCUAGAACACAUCAAACUCAGAUCUUUCCCACAAAAGACACAAGCAGAGAAGGAGAAAGAGAAGAAAGAAAAGAUUACAGACAAAGACCUUAUCAAAGAGCUCCGUGAAGCCGAUAUUGUUCCAGAUGAUAAUUCUCCUGAGAUGACACAAACACAUAUCCUCGAACAGCUCUUUGGUACAGUCUUCCGCUUCCUUAAGGAGACAAAAUCCGAGGUCCACUUCAUCGCAGCAAUGGAAAUCAUCAGAAAAGACGUAUUAUUCAUUGACAAAGACUUCGUAUCGGCCAUUGUCUCUGCUUUAAAGCAAAACAGAUUCUCCCUACGCUCAGCAAUCACUGCUGCUCACACAGCUCUCGUUCUCUGCAAACAAUGCGAAUAUAAUGUCGAUUUACGCGGAUUCUUCACAGAAGUAUACAACAGAGCAUACGAAGCUCUCGAUGAUCGCGAUUCUACACUCGAAUUCCUCGCUUUGUUCGACAUAAUUUCGGAACAAAUUGAUACAGCCCGUACAGCAUCAUUUGCCAAGCGCCUGAUGAUUAUGGCAUUGCACGCACCUUCUGAUAUCGCUACAACCAUUUUAGUCACAUUGAGGAAGUUAUUAACUCCACAUCUUGAAUUAACCUCCGCAAUUGACUUUGAUUUCGAAGCUGAAGGUGAUUUCAACAUCUACGGUGCAGACCCUGACUUCUGCAAUGGUCCUGCUGCUAAAUACUGGGAACUUUCAGAAUUGGCCCAUCAUAGGAACGAAAAACUCAGAGAAGUCGCACAGAUCAUUGCUACAUUGAACUCUUCUGCUGCUGUUAGAUCCGCCGACUUAAAUGAUGCCAAAAUGAAGAGGAAAUGGGAUCCAAGAGCAACUCUCGAGGAACUUGAUGAUAGCGCAAGAAUUUUCGAUGUCAACCUUCUCCAUUUCAAUAGAGAGGCUCUUCCAGAGAAAUUGAAAUUAUUUGAACUUGAAUGA